AUGUUGUCUGGGGCAGCACCAAAAAUUGAACACAUGAAGAUGACUAUUUACAACACAAUAUUCUUUGGUGUGUGGCCAUUAGUUUUUGAUAAAAAACCGCUCUACAGAAGAAUUUACAACAUCUACUCUUGGUUUAUAUUUUUGAUAGCGUUUCUGUACGUCACCACGGAAUACAUCGAGUUAUACCUUAUGAUAAAAAAAAAUUUGGACAUGAUUAACUUUACCAAAUCAGCUGUACUAGCUUCGACUUACACAAUGGGCUCAUGCGAGUUCAGGCUUAUUGGACCAGAAUUGAAAUGUACCUUAGAAUUUAAAGGACCUCUAAAAGAAACAGAAGUAAUAGAAGAAGGUGAAGUUUCAGAUUGUACUGAAGUAAAAGUGUAUAAAUUAUCAUUAGAUAUAAAAGAAGAAGCAGUUUUAGAUACCAUUGUCUACUUGUAUAUUAUAUUUCCUCUAUUUUACCCAUACCAAGAAAUCUACGAUCCUGCCACAAACCAAACUAAACUACACAAAGAUUUGCCAAUAGACUCUUGGAUACCAUUUGACGUCGAUGAAGAUUAUUACAAGGCACUCUUAUGGGGAGAUAUCGCUGCCACCUGCUGUGCAGUCUACAAUUAUGGAACCGACAUCUUCUUUUUCAGCUUUAUUAGUUAUGUUAUGGGACAACUAGACAUCCUUAAUUAUAUUAUAUUGGAUUUUGAGAAUUAUAAGGGGAAAAUUAAAGAUCAACUUGAAUGUGAUGAUGAAAAAGCUGAGUUUGUAACAAUGCAGCUUUGUAUAAAAGAACAUCAAAGGUUAAUGGGUUUCAUUAAUGAUUACAAUAAUGCUAUGAGGAGUGUUAUGUUACGAGAUUUUCUACAGAGUUCUUUGCAGAUAGCAUUACUGUGUCUUUACGUAUUGCUAUUUACAUAUGAUGUCCUUCAAAAAUGUAAUAACAUCACUGUAGCAACAUAUGCAGACGACACCCCAAUUCUAGUGUAA